UCUUCAGCUGUUAGUGUUGUUUUUGCUCCUGAACAUCACCGACUUAUCUGCAGUUUACUGAAGAUCAACUUUUCCUGCGACGCUUCGUCUUUGAAUCAAGAGACAUGGAAUUAAUCAUCACUAUGCUGACCGGGAAGUCCGUCACCCUGACGGUGAACCCCCAGGAGACGGUGGGCAGCCUGAAGCAGAUGAUCCAGCAGAAACUGCACGUACCGGUUCAGAAGCAGAGGCUGCUGUUCGUCAACGGCCAGAACACCGACCUGAGCGACGACCUGCGGCCCGUGGACUCCUACGGGCUGCACUCCGGCUGCAGGCUGUCUCUGCUGGUGGUCGAGCCGGCCCCUGUCCAGGUGUUCCUGAAGAAUUUGAAGGAUAUUGCGCCCAACACCUAUGACAUCACACCCGACGAGACCUUGAGCGACUUCAAGCGCAAGGUCCAGGAAAGGGAGGGAGUGCCGGUGUCUCAGCAGAGGCUGUUGUACCAGGGCAAGCAGAUGGACAACGACCAAGCCAAACUGUCCGACUACAACGUGGUGGCCCAGGGCACCAUCGAACUGUGUAUGCGUCUGAGAGGAGGAAACUGACCAUCAUCUGAUCAUCAUCUGAUCAUCACAUAGCCUUAAACACAGUGCUUCCUAGUUAUUUUUUUAUCUUAAUAACACAUUCCAACUUUUACAUGAGAAUCCAUACAUUCUUUUUAGGUGGGGAACUUUUUCUGUAAAUCUGCUCUGAUCUUAUGUGAUUAUUAUGACUUGUAUUUUUUUCUAAAUGUUCUGUUUUGUUCAUUUCAUUAAGAAGCCUGUUGUAAAUAUUUAAAUAAAGUGAGCUUCAAUGUGAA